AGUGUCGCAAACAGAACUAGAAUCCUAGCUAGCGUUUAGGUUAAGGUAUGUCUAGUUGUUCACCAUGCACUCGCUCAAUAAGCAUGUCUUAUCACAUAUGGUGUACAAAGUAUUGUUGUUGUUCAUCAUAAUAACUUUAUUGGAAGUUUAUAUCGCUAGCUUUUGGACGAAUAUAACAUCUGUUCAUUGGAUCAGGGGCAAAAAGCAAAAGUGGUCAAGUAUCAGACAACGUCAAAGCUCCUAUGAACCCUAUCUGAGUGAUCCUGUUAUAAUUUCCCCAGAAUUACAAGCUGAAUUGAACAGACGGCUCCUGAAUGCAACAGAUGAAAAGAUAAUACUCAUCUACAUAUCAGGCUUCGGAGUGGAAGAUCGAAAAUGGGUCGACAAAAAGAAAUGUGGAAACUGUGAAAUAACUUAUGAUAGAAAAUUGAUAAACGAUGAGAGGACAGGUGCUGUAGUUUUUCAUUAUGACAGACUAGGAGUAAUGAAUGUUCCGUGGAAGAGGAAUCCACGUCAUCUGUAUGUGUUAUGGACAAUGGAAUCUACUUUAACAAUGUUAGCCAUAGGAAAUCUACAGGUUAAAUUUAUGGAGUAUUUCAAAUUCAAUGCAACACUUACAUACAGGAGGGACUCCGAUUUUCAGGCACAAUAUGGAAAUUCUGAUACAGUAGCAUCAAUCAUUAAAACCAACAAUCUAACGCUAAAGGAAAUAUACAAACGUAAAAAAAAAGUUGCUGUUGCCGUUGUUAGUGACUGUGAUUACACUCCAGGUGCAGUUGUAAGGUUAAAACAAUUAAAAGAAUUGUCUGAUUAUGGAUUUGGGUUGGAAUGCUAUGGCAGUUGCUUCGGGGGCAAAAUUUUCACAGACAAACCAUUUACCGGAUUUAAUGGAUUCAUUUCUGAAUACAAAUUCUAUUUUUCAUUUGAAAAUUCAUAUCACUGCAGAGACUAUAUCACAGAAAAGUUUUUUGUCAAUGGACUUAAAUCUCUUGCAGUUCCUGUUGUUUGGGGUCCAAGGAUUGAGGAAUAUAUGGCAGUUUCUCCACCAGGAUCUUUCAUUCAUGCAGAUAGUUUUGCUUCAUUGAAAGAACUUGCUGAUUAUAUCAAGUACCUUGACAAAAAUGAAACUGCAUACUUGGAAUAUUUCAGAUGGUUAUAUAUGGAUCCAAAAGAUUUGCCGCAGUAUGGAAAGACAUCAGAUUGGUGCCAGCUUUGUCGAGCUUUGCAUGGGAUUAAUAUUGAUGAAUUAUACAACCCAUUGUACAAUGAGUCAAAGAUACCUAUAUUCACAAAUGGUGUUGCUCCUAGAACAGUGGAUGACACAAUAGAUUGGUUGUAUGGAAGAGAGUAUACAGAAUGCGUUGAUCCUUUUUGGGAUCUCAAUUGGGAUUCUCGCUUAAUCUAGUUUCUCUGUUAGGGUUCAAAUUCAGUCAUUUUUGUAAAGGAACUAAAAGAUUUAGUAGAUUUAUAUAUGCAAAUUUAUUUAAUAUUUUUUACAAGGCUGUGAUGAUUUAUUGCGAAUUGGAGAUUUUGGAAAGUAGUAGUUCAUGACAAAAAAUGUUUUUAAUUUGAUUACUAAGUUCUCAUGGAGCAACAUCCUGUUUUUUAUAUUUUGGUGCAUUAUAAAUUGCCUCAUUUAUUUAUAAGAUAAUCCGAACUGAAAUUAUUUAUGGUAUUGAGAGAGUCUUCGUAUGUACGGUGGAUAUUAUGUUAAACCAUAAUCAUGUUGAUGAUGUUAUAAUAUCAACAAAUUAGUAUUUUUUAGUUUUCACACAAUUUAUGUAGUAUGUUGCGGCUACCGAAGUGUUAUCAGUUUCACAUAAGGGCUAGGGAUUUUAUAUUUAUUUAGGGGGAGAGGAAAGCAGAUGUGAUGACUUAUCCAUAUCCCUCAAUUUUAUGCCAGUUAUGUAAUUAGUUGAUGAUGGUAAAAGUGGUAAAUGACCAGUCGUUACAUUCCUGUGGUGGAAAGAAGUCCAGCAAUCUUCUCGCACAUAAUCAUUCCCACAUAGGAUUUGUACCUAUGAACCAUCACAGGGUAAUCAUAGGUGCAAUGGCCAGCAUUCUUCUAACGCUUAUCACGCUGUGCCAUAUCGUCGAAUCCAUAUAUAUAUAUAUUGUUGGUUACAGGUUAAUUUGCCAUUGCACCAUUUAAGAAUAGUCUCCAGUGUUUUUCUCUGUGUUCUCAUCUUGCCCGCCCCUAAAAUUAACAGGAUUGUGUUAAACAUAACUAAUAUAUGAUUGAAUAUUUCACAUAUUGAAUUUAUUAUAAAUGGUUUAUCGUUUCAUGUUUUAAAUGCUGUGUCUAUGAAUCAAAAAAUUCACUUUACGUUUUCAUGUCCUUCACUUUCUGUUACAUAGUGUCUGCCUCUAUUGUUAGGUAACAACAGUAUUUCAAAGAAAAAUCAGGCAAACAAACUUUAAAAAGCAUGAAGUACACAUUAAUGAUCACUUUUAUUUAAAGAAAGCAAUGACUUUUUCCUUGAUAAUUUGGCGCUGCGCAACAAAAAGUUUGGGGACUUCUGCUAUACGAUACAGCUAUUUGUAAUCGAGUCAAACUGGCUACUUGCCAUGUUUUGCGUAGUGUUUGUCACCUACUUCAAGUAUUGGUGCUCCCGAAGUAUGUGCGCCAAGGUGGCCCACAACCUGAACAUAGUAUGUGUACCAGGUUAGAGUUUUCAGGUUGGGCGCCAUCUGAUGCAUAUACUUCUGGAGCGCCCAAGUAUUUGAUUUUGUUGUUACGAAUCUAGUAUUAUUGCUCUUGUUUACUUUUCUAAAAUAAAGUAUGUUAUUUACCCUUG